AUGGAUCGGGAGGGGAACGGCGAGGAUGCUGCCCUUGUGGAGCCGAAGCCAGAUGCCGGCGGAGGAGAAGCUGAUUCGGUUGGGGAGAAGAGGCCGCUGCCGGCGGAGGUGGAGAGCGAGGAUGUUGGUAGGGAUGCGAAGAAGCUGAAGAAGAAUUCGGCAGGGGAGAUGAGGCAGGUGGCUGAGAUGCUGCUGGUGUUGUCCGCCAUGGGGCGGAUGAGAGGAGGUAGGGAUCCUACCGAGGACGAGGUGAAGCUGAUGGUCGCGGCGAAGGAUAAAUUGGCCGAGAUCUGUCAGCGGUUUGCGCCGAAGGAGUUGGUGAAUGGAGAUGCGGUUGGGAAGGUUAUCGAGGAUUUGGGGCUCGAUUGGAGGCUGAAUGAUCAGAGAUUAGGAUUUCGUGGAUCCAGGAUGUCGAUUAAGGAGAAGGUUGCCCACGCACAGAGGAAGAUGGAAGAACCGAAGGUCACUCCACAUGUAUCUCAGACGUCACACUCACAUCAAAGCUUUGCAGUCACAGCUGAAGGUCGUGUUCCGACACACACUGUUCGGCCGCUUCCAUUUGAGAAACCAACUCAUGCGUCUUUACCUUCUGGAACUGCUCCUGUUCAUCCUCCUCCUUUCACUCAUGUUUCUGCAACAGCAGCAUAUAUGAAGGCUUCCAAUGCUGAAGCAAAAGGAGCAGCAGUAUCUGUGCGGUUACCAAUUAAUCAUGUUGGGAACUCAUCUGUAGUAGCAGCACCAAGAGGGAAGUUUAUUAAGGUGGAAGGAGGACCAAAUGCGAACACUUACACACUAAAUCCAAAAGCUCCUUUACAUCAUCCUCUGGGGAAUGCUCCAACUUGGUCUUUACAACCCAGUCCCUUACCCUCUACGGUGGCGGCAGGCAGCAAGGUGCCAAGUCAUACUCCUGUAAAGGCCGAUGGGAUUGCUAAUUCAGGUGUACCAUGGACAGGUCAAGGUGGUAGUCAAGCAUUCAGGCCACCAAUUACUCAAUCAGCAGCAACAAGUAUGCCAAGUGUGCAUCAGCCCACGCAAACUGUGAAGGCUGUUUACAGUAAUCACAGCGAGAUUGCCAAAGUUGUUCAGAAGUUACUGCAACCAAAGCUUCCUGAACAUCCCACUUGGACUCUUCCUUCAAGGGAAUACAUGAACAAGGCUUUGACUUGCCAAAGCUGCAACCUCACUAUCAAUGAGGUUGAAAAUGUUAUCAUUUGUGAUGCUUGUGAGAAAGGAUUUCACCUAAAAUGUCUGGAAUCUGUAUUCCAGAAAGUUGUUCCUAGAACUGAGUGGCACUGCAUGAAAUGCACAUCAUUAAGCAACGGGAAACCGUUUCCCCCUAAAUAUGGCCGUGUCAUGAGAAGCAUGACCCCUCCAAAGGGGCCUGCUAGUGCUACCCAGGCUGGAGCUCAGUCCUUGUCAGAUAAGAAACUAGUGAAUAUGGGUCAGAAGGGUGAUCAAGAUAAAAUGAGCUCUGUGUUAGAAAGUGUUACAGAAUCUGGAACUUCUGGGUGUGUGGACCUUGUCUCUGGUUCUAAGAUUGGUAGUGAAAGAGGACUGUCAGGAAACAGCAUCACUUCAAAAGAAAAAGGUACGAGCUUGAUGUCUCAUGCUGGAACUCUUCAAAAUGAAGCUGACUCAAGAAAACCUCCAGGGCCCAUUCAUGAUUCAUCUUCUGUUGCAUUGUCAGGUGAAACAUGCAGUCCACAAAUUCAAGCAUGUGGAUCUCCUAUUCAUGACAAGAGAUCCACUUCUGAACAAAAACUGGAUCCUCCUGCUUUUCUGUCUGGCCACAUUCAUGAUACGUGUGAAGCCAAAUCUCAGCACAAUGUGCGAGAUGUUGCUGAAGGAGGACCUUUAAACACUGCUAAAGACCUUCCAGUUACUUGUCAAGGUGGUGAUGUUGAAGAAUCAAAGAAAACGUCUGCUUCAGGAUAUGAUAUCAAACCAAUUGAGGAAGGUGAUGCUCAGGCAUCUUCUCCUUCAUUACAUAAUGACAAGCAAAGUGAGGUUGAUCCUGGUUUAGAUCACGAUGUCAUGCAAAGUGAGCAUGGUGUUCCUCCUGCACCUUCUGCAUCAGAACAGAAUGUCAAGCAAGGCGAGCAACCUGCGCCGUCUGCUUUAGAACAAAAUGUGAAGCAAAGUGAGCAAGGUGUUGGCUAUUCACCUUCUGCUUCAGAACAGAAUGCCAAGCAAAGUGAGCAAGGUGUAGGACAUGCGCCUUCUGCUUCAGAACACAUUGCUGUGCUAGGUGUUGGUCAUGUGGCUUCAGCUUCAGAACACAACGUCAAGCAAAGUGAACAAGAUGAGCAACCUGCGCCUUCUGCUUCAGAACAAAAUGUGAAGCAAAGGGAGCGAGAUGUUGCCUGUGCACCGCCUGCUGCAGAACACAAUUCUAUGCAAAGUGAGCAUGGUGUUGCUCAUGGUCCUUCUUCUUCAGAACACAACGUUAACCAAAGUGAGCAAGGUGUUGUUCCUGUGCCUGCGUCAGAACACAAUGCCGUGCAAAGUGAGCAAGAUGUUGCUCAUGCACCUUCUUCUUCAAAAGAAAAUGCCAAGCAAAUUGAGCCGGGUGGUGUUCAUGCUCCUUCAGAACACAAUGUUGACCAAAGUGAUCAAGGUGUUGCUGAUGCACCUUCUGCAGAACGGAAUGUUGAGCAAAGUGAGCAAGGUGUUGCUCAUACCCCUUCGGGUUCAGAACACACUGUUGAACAAAGUGAGCAAGGGGUUGCUCAUGCACCUUCUGCUUCAGAACACAAUGUUGAGCAAAGUGAGCCAGAUGUUGCUCAUGGGCAUCCUGCUAAGAACACUAGUGGUUCUAGUAACAGCGUGCAAUUGUCUCCUGAGGUGCUUCAAACUGUUGAGUGGGUUGGUUCUACGAUUAAGGUUUUCGAUGACAAAGCAUUCUACGAGUCUUGUUGCAUUGGAGGAGUGGUGUACAAAGUGCUGGAUCAUGCCCUUUUUCAUUCUAGUCAUGGCAGCUUGAUACCUUCUAAGAUUCAGUCAAUGUGGGAGGAUAUGAAAACUGGGUCAAAAUGGGUCACAGUCAAUAGGUGUUAUUUGCGGGAGGACUUACCUGAGGGUGUAGGCCAACCAUUUUCUCCCGAAAGUAACGAGGUGUAUGAUUCCAACCAUGAGAUUAUUGUGAUGGCUGGGUUGAUUCAAGGCUCAUGUAAAGUUCUGCCUCCUGUCACCUAUAAAGAAGAGGCUGAAAGACGGAGCCAAUUGGCAGCAGAGAUAAACAACAAAUCAGAACCAGUUUUCCUAUGCAAGUGGUUUUUCGAUAAACUCAGAGGAAGUUUUCAACCUGUUUUCAGCUGA